ACACUACCCGACCUUCGAGACAAACAGCGUUGACUUGGAUUAGGGGAAUGUGUCGGGACAGCAAAUUGGUUUGUUUUCUUUUGGCGAAGAACCCGCCUUUGAAUGCUGAUCUAACGUGGCAUUCUUUUGUUUUUAUGAACUGUCAAGUCGUUUGUGAUUGCGUGUGUCCAGUUUGAAGUGACUUGAUAGUUCCGAAUAUACAGAAUUAGCGAAAUUGUGUGAAAUUGUUUUAUAGGGUCUGUCUGUUAUUUGUUAUCAGUUUGGUUAUGUAUUCUAUUGUCCACUAAAACAAGCACAGAAGCCAACUUGCCUCAAAAAAUAAGCUAAUUACAUACAAUUACUAACGACAGAUAUAUAUUUUUAUAAUGUCCACCGAGGAAGAUCUGGAGUUGAGAGACUUAGUCACACAGACUCUGGAGAGCAAUGGUGUAUUGUCGAAAAUAAGG